AUGUUCGAGCUCCAACAGUCCCCGACCCGAUUGGACGAGGCAACAAACUCGGUCGUGGCCGGCACUGACCGCGUCAGGCUUUUCAAAGGCGCGGAGCAGGCCCUUCUGGAGUUGAGCACACAGGAUAGGUUCUCCGACACCCGGGUCGCGGUGGCGUCAUCGACGUCCCGGAAGAAGUCGGCCAUGGCAUGCCUUCGGCUGUUUCAGGUAUCCCCUGGGGUCACGGCCAACGACGUGCUCUCGUACCGAGAGAUCUACCCGGACAACAAGGGGACGCACUUCAAGAGCCUACGAAAGGCGUCCGGGAUCGCCUACGAGGACAUGCUGUUCUUCGACGAUUGCAACUGGGGUGACAACUGCAGGGACGUUGAGUGGGCGUGCCCCGGAGUGGUGACGACCAAGACGCCGAACGGCUUGACGCCGGAGAAGUGGGCAGAGGGACUCGCCAAGUUUGCCGAAACGAAGCGAUAGAGGCGCGCCUUGAGCAGAAGCAACGGAGGGGACGGGUUCUCCGUUCCCCGCCCCGUGAUGACCUCGUUGUCCACGUUUUGGUAGCGUUCAUCUCGAUCGCACCUUCGCUCCAUCGUUGUCAUCUCCACCACUCAUUGUCUCGUCUCGUCCAAGACGAUCGCCCGCUUGGGAUGAGUACUUUUACGGUAGAUCGUGUGACUAGACAAACGCAGUGAUGCCGCGGGUUCGAAGACAAUGGUGGACAUCUAUUGUGUAUGUGGGGCAUCAUCUCACCCCAAAUUUUGAAGUAUGUUGAUGGAAGGGCUGAAAGACGCCUACAGUGGGUGGAGGAGAGCGGGGGUUGCGCGAAAUGCCGGGCACACGCUGUUGACACGAGCGGCAGGAAGUAUCAGUUGAAAGUUAGUUACCCUUCCCUAACACCUCUGCAAAUGCUUGAUGUGCACUGCAAUUUUGACAGCAUUGAAUAUUGCCGAACACCAGUUAUGGCUUUUCCAGAUUUCUUGAAGAUUGCGACCUCGGUGAGUCUAGUUUACAACUGGUUGUGGCCGUGUCCUGCGUAUCUGCAAGGAUGCCACAUUCCACUCGUGUAUCGCGCUAAUAUUUUCUGAUUUAUAUUUUCUCAAGUGUUGCCACGACGAAAAGUCGUUGAUAGUGAGAGGUUAAAUUAGCGGAAGCACGUGCUUGUCGCAACAACUGCUUGAUGAUGUUUUAUGUGCUCUUCGCACUCAGGAGUACAACGCACAAACCACGUUUCGAUAUCACGCCAGUGUACGGUACUCGCCUGCCCCCCAGUAUGUGGUUGCAAAUGGCGAGGUGAGACUGGCCGGCGCGAAUUGGGCAUGUGAUAUACCGGCGAGUAGCGGCGUAAUGGAUACCGUGUCCUGGUCUUGCCCUGGAAUGGGGCCUGAAGGAAUCCUCGGUGUCUCGAUACGAGUCUUCCACGAUUUGCUAAAUAGUUCGGUGCGGGG